UUUUUGUAUUCUUCCAAGAUUUGAAUGAAGUGUUUUUUUGAUUCUUGACAGAAAUUGCAUUUGCAAUCAUUUUAGUUCAAGCCUUUGUUUAGUAAAAAUUAAUUAAAAUGUUGUUUGCAAAGUGUAUAUUUUUAGCAACAUUAAUAGUAGGAAUAACCGCUUCAGGUGGUGCAAGCAGUGAAGAAGCGAAGAAAGGACCUAAAGUAACCGAAAAGGUAUGGUUUGAUAUUGAAAUUGGUGGCGUACCAGCCGGUCGCGUUGAAAUCGGUUUGUUUGGAAAAACCGUACCAAAAACUGUGAAAAACUUUGUUGAGUUGGCAAAAAAACCUGCAGGUGAAGGGUAUAAAGGUAGCAAAUUCCACCGAGUCAUUAAAGAUUUCAUGAUCCAAGGUGGAGAUUUUACCAAAGGAGAUGGAACAGGAGGACGUAGCAUUUACGGUGAACGUUUUGCCGAUGAAAACUUCAAAUUGAAACAUUAUGGAGCUGGUUGGCUUUCAAUGGCUAAUGCCGGUAAAGAUACAAAUGGUUCACAAUUCUUUAUCACAACAAAAGCAACAAGUUGGUUGGAUGGACGACAUGUUGUCUUUGGAAAAAUAAUAAAAGGAAUGGAUGUUGUUCGUAAAAUUGAAGCCUCAAAAACAGAUAGCAGAGAUAAGCCAGUAAACGACGUGGUUAUUGCUGAUAGUGGAGCCGAAGAAGUUGCAGAGCCUUUUGGUGUAGCCAAAGCUAGCGCUGAGGAAUAAAUUUUUUGUAUUUAAGAUUAAAUAAAUUUAAGAUUUUUAUAAAA